AUGAUGCUCCCACGCAUGCCUGUUCUCGCCGCCACGGCCGCCCUGGCCGUCGCCUCCGCGCAGACCACUCGACCAUGGCAGGCCCCGGGCCCGGAUGACUCUCGCGGUCCCUGUCCCAUGCUCAACACGCUGGCUAACCACGGCUAUCUACCACACAACGGCCGAAACAUCACGGCAGGCCAGUGUGCCGACGCGGUCUCCCAAGGCCUCAACGUCGACCGCUUCUACGGCACGGUGCCGGCGAGCUUCUUUGCGUUGGGCUUUGGCAAAAGCACCUUUGACCUCGAGGACCUCAACAAGCCCGGCGUCAUACAGCACAUUGCGUCCCUGACACGCAACGACGUGACGCCCACGGACCAGAGCCUGACCGCGGAUCCCACACGGAUCGCGGCGCUCCUCAACGACAGCUCAACCGACUACCUGACCGUGGCGUCUCUGGCCGCGAGCCGCGACCGCGUGGAGAAGCUGUCGGCGCCGCAGAGGCUCUCGCCACAAGGGCAGCAGACGGCGUACUUCGAGGCCGGCAUGCUGCUCAUGAUGAUGAAGGAGGGCGAGGUGCCGUCGGCGCUUACGUUCCCCGACCCGCGGACGUGGCGGGCCCCCAAGGAGCGCGUGCGCGUGUGGUUGACGGAGGAGCGACUGCCGGAGGAGCUGGGGUGGAAGCGGAACGCGCGAACCGUGAGUGCUAUGGAUUGGCCGCCCGUCACGGCGGCCAUUGAGGCCGAGAGGAUGGGGUUGAGCGCAAGGAGACGGUCGUAG